CUGAGGGUAUCCGGCGGUGGUGUCGUAAUUGGCAUUUCUAUUGGCAUGGCUGUAGUAGGCGCGUAACUCGCUUGAGGUUCUGAAGUGUUGGGUCUUAUUGCUACUUGCACUAGCCAUGUGCAAGUGGCAGCUUGCAAACGAUUUAGAUUUGUAAGCAUGUCAUUCUCAAGUAGCGCACACCGGAGACUAAAGAAUCUGUGGUGGGAAAUGAAAAUGCAAUAAUUUUGAAAUUAUUAUACAUAAAUUAUAUAUGUUUUAAACAGUUAUCUGUUAUCCCCACUCUAUUACUUCCAUUUAUAUUAUAAUGACAAUAGAAACAAACAAUAGUACUAAGAGAAUAAAGGUGAGACUGCUGUUGCAGCUUUAAAGUUAAGAGAAUAAUUUCACAAUUAGGCCGCAUAUAAUACUGAAGUAAAUAGUUCAUCUACAUCAGCCCUAAUAGCGCUUCUACAGAAAAAACUGAUAAAGGGAUUUAUCGACAUUGACAGUCAAACUAGAAGAGAAUUUGUGGGUUAAAUGCUUUUAAUAAAAAUUUUAUCAUAUCAUAUCGCGGUUCUGAUGCCGAACUACAGACUAUGGAUGCAGUCAAUAAAUAAAAAAAAUAUAUUUAAAUGUUUUUAAUAGUUCAUUACAAACCUAGUCAUAAGAUGGUGUGUCCUUUGCCUCAUCGGUUCCAGUAGAUGAUGAGCACUUGCUGCAACGUCUGCUAGUGCUCGUUGCGCCCGGGCCAAGUCUUGACCACAUCGCCAUAAUUUUUCUGCACAUACUCUUACACCUGAAAAAGAAUAAUAGAUUCAACGUGAAAGUGAAAGUGUCUAUUUAAUCUUGAUUGUUUAUUUUCCUAUGUGUGUAAAAAUAUUGCAUUUGAUGGAGCAUAUUAUUGAUACUCCCAACUUAAUUUUCUUGACUUAGUGCCGCAUGGCAGUCCACUAUUAGGAAAAAGCUGAUAUAUGUUAUAAUAUGUACUUGCAACUUACCUAAAUCUAUGCACUUUUGUGUCAUAAAAAAGCAUUCUGUAACAAAAUUGUACAUUUCAGCAGUGGGUCUCUUUAUUGUCUGACCGUCUUCCCCAUCCAGUGCUGGCAAUAAGCAUGUUUCACUGUGAAGACAGUCCAAAUGCACGGACUUAGCUGCACAUUCUUCAGGCUAUAAAGAAUUUACUGUUUGUCUAUUAGUAGGUACCACCACUUGUUAUUUAUAAUUGACAAAAAAAUAUAUUAAGGAAACAGGUUAUAGGUUGGCAACAAUAAAACUGCAAUUUCACACACCUCAUAAAACAAUUUAAGUUCCGAAAUAAGUGCCUGUGUGAUUGUGAAAACUUUAAAACAUACACAUUGACAUCUGUGAUUAAAGAAUGAUCAUAUUAUGAUGAUAGUAUGUGCUCAUAGAACGGGGCAUUCUGUGAUUGAAGAAUAGAUAUUUCUGUACUGGGAUUUAAGUCCCAGACCUUUAAAGCAGAAGGCAUGAGCACUACUGUUCAAUGUUACUUACUGAACCUACACAUUGUAUUAAAAGGCAAUAAGAGUUAAUAUGCUUACAAAGAAAAAUAUCACGAGCAAAUACAACUUUUUUUCAAUUAUUAAUGAAAUUGGAAGAGUACAAAAUAUAGAGGUAGAUAUUUUGAACUUACUAAUACAGACCCAUAAGUAGGAUCAAUUUUCAAUGCUUUCUGGUCAUUAGAUGUUGUGCAGAAUGGUUGACACAAAUGUAAUAAUACUGCCCCAAGAUUUAACAUGAAUCCAUCAGACACACAACUUAAUGUAGCAGCACUAACUUCACCAGCCUGUAAUUAAUAAAAUAAAACCCUGUUGCCUCAUGUACGAAGGAAUAAUAUACACAAAAAGACAUUAUUAUGCAGACAAGAUUUGUAUGAACAAAUAAGGUAGGAAAAAUCAACACUAGUUUAUAUAUAUACUAUAAUUUCUGGAUUUACUGCAUAUUAUAUCUACUAAUAAACAAAUCAUUUUUAUUAUGUGAAGUUUUUGGUAAAUAACUGAAAACAAAUAUAAGGUAAAUUUUAUGAAAGUAUUUUUUUUAUUCAUUUUUAAUUCAAUUUAUUAUGCCUACUUGAACAUUCCAAAGUUUCCCUCUAGCAACAUUUGUUUUGAGACAUUUCCCAAUCCAUGUCAAAAGUCGAUUUCUCAUUUGAGGACCUGCUUUUAAUAAAGUAAGGAAGAUUCUGUGCAAAUUAUUUGUUAAAUGAGAAGAUGCAUUCCAUAAAGACGACUCCAUCAUAGAAGUUGCAGCCUGAAAUGUUAUUAAUAUUCUGUAUUAUAAUUUAUUAUUUGAGAAUAUUUCAGUAGCAUAAUAUUGAUUGAAGUUACAUUACCUGGUCCAUAGGGUUGUCAAAAAACUCGUGGAGAGAAGUAGCAGUCCUAGGUAGAACUGAUAAACUUAACAGAGCACCAAGUAGUGAAUCUUGAUAUAGACGUCCAUUUGUCUGAAUAUAUGGUUCACAGGCAUCCAUUAAGAUUGGAGCCAAAUGUGCAUUACCUAAGGAAAUAUGGAAAUGUUGUUGUGUAGUUAUAUCAUACUUCCUAAAACUAUUCCAGGCACCUUUAUAAGAACUUUAUUUGAAACUUUUCUAUUUAUUGAUAUAAACAGCUGACUCACCUGCAAAUAUCUGAAUUGACGGUAAAACAUAAAUAGGCAGGUUGAUGAGAUUUGAUUUGUUUACAUCUGUAUGAAUUAUUUUGAGCACAGGAAUCAUUGUUUCUUUCAGUUGGUUUUGUACAUUUUCAUCAGCUGAAACUAUAAAUUUCAUUGCUUUAUGACAUUACAAUAAUAAUAAUAAUAAAAAAUCGUUUAUUUCUCAUCACAAACAUUUUGGAAACAAUAACAGUUUUUAAAUAGUCAAUUACAUUAAUGUUUGUGUAAAACUGAUGUCCGCUUUAGGUAAGAUAUAGCUGUGUUACAAGGUCAUUCGGCUCCCACCACCAUGAACAUCAAUUUAACAAAGUUUAUUAAUAGUAAUAAUCACAGUACAAUACAAUAAAUAAAUACUAAUAACAAUUCCAUAAAAAUAAAAUUUAAACAUUAUAUCAAAUUUUUUUAUUUAUUUAAAUACCUAAAUAUCAGGACUUCUUACCAUCUUUGACAAAUGCAUCCACAAUUUCUACAAAAAAUGUGUGACUCUGUGGGUCAACAUGCUGUAAUAGCUCUAUCAGUUGCAUUGAAAAGUUUUGACCUUCAAACAAAGCAGGUUGUUUCAAAGCAGUAACAGCAUUUCUAAAUAUCAGUUCUCUCAUUUUCUGUAUGGUGUUUUUGAUAUAACUUUUAUUCACUUGGUGAUAAGUUUGAAGAUUUUGUACGGAACUGAAUAAAUAAGGGAAAACCUGUUUUUGUAUCACAUGCUCCUUGAAUUGUUUACAUGUCUUUGGAAUGACAUAAGAUUCAAUCUCUGGCAAAAGUAACCUUUCAAAGAGUGCUUGUUCUAAAGCUUCCAAAUCAAUAUAUAUAUGUGGUUUAGUUGCUUCUGCCAAUUCUUCUAAAUACACUAGUUGUUUGUCAGAGCUUGCACAAGUAUCAGCUGCAUUAGGGUUGAUGGUGAAGUGGAAAACGUUUUCAACAAUGUUAUUUAUUGAUUGAAUUUCUUCGACUUCUUGUGUACUUUUCGAACUGAUAUGCAGACCUGUAUUAGCUUCAUUAUUUGUUGAUUCAACUUCUGAUACGCCUAUCAAGCCAGCGAAUGGAUUAUUUGGUUCAGACAUUGUGGGAAACAAACUUUGAAAAUUAGAAAUAACUAGUGAAAGUAUCACAUUAUUCGUUCUAGAAUAUUAUCUACAAUAAAGCCUUUACUUUUAGUACACUCGGAAAUGAUUUUCAAAAAUUGUACUUUGUGCAAAAGAUGCUGACUUUACAAAACUGCUACUGGUGAUUUAUUACCACAGAUUUUUUUUUUUGUUGAAGUUCUCCCGUUUUAGGGAAGGCAAAGGGAACAAUGCCCAUACAGCCUGGUCUUUAAUUAAAUUAAUCUUCUUUUUGUUUUUACAUUAGAAUGUCGGUGUGACGCAUUCUAAUGUUUCUUGGAGUGUUUGGCACGAAAUGUAUCGAGUUGGCUUUUUCGAUAAGCUUCUGUGAGGUAGUCAACACUACAAUAAAAUUCUCACGUCCACUUGACCGCAAUAGCGUAUAUUUUAAUGAUUCCACUAAUUCUUCAGUUACGCAGACAGUUGUUACACAAAACCACACCAAUUUUAUUUCACAAUAUCCACUAUGAACGAAUUUAAGAAUAAUUAAAAUAAGACGCCAACCGCACUCGAUGAAAUCCCGCCAAAAAAAAAACCCCACAGACAGAUUACAGCGGGAUAUGACAGUCACCGUUUCAGGGUUGCCAUCUUUUUUGCAUGAUGUAGCUAAUGACAGCUGAAAAAUUACCCGAACUGACAACCCUAGAUAGAGAGUUUUGGCGCCUUAAAAUUAGGCGAGCCGACCCCAUAUAAAGUGGGAAGGAGCAAGGACGAAGAAGAAGAGGUAUAUAAGUAUAAAGAAAAAUCAUCAGUAGUACACUCAUCAAUAUGACUCUCUCCAUUUCAAGUCAUAAUCCACAUCGAAGUCAUACUAGCCCCAUUAUCCUAAUAUUCCCAGGGCUUUCAAUAUGUUAAAGACGGCCCUGUUUAUGGGACAGGAUACUAAGGCGAUAAGUUUUAAAGGUAAAACUACAUUUUAUAAGCUUCAUAGGCCUCACCACAGUCAGAACUAAUGAUGAAAACGACUUAAUGCUCUAAACAGUAUUUUGUAUAUAUACCUCAGCAAACUUCUUGAGCAAUGACCAUAGAGCAAUGACAAGGAAGCGUGCGCAGUAGCAAUUUUAAAAGCAUCAUAGACCUCGCCACAGUCAAAACUAAUUGUGAAAAUGACUUAAUGCUCUAAACAAUAUUUUUUAUGUGCAAAUAGUUAAUUUGCUUAUGGGCUAAUCCGGCACUGGUUACAAAAAGUUUGCCGCUACCUAUACUUUUUUUUAUUCAGCAGUAAAAAGUAAUGAGCGUUUUCCAUUUAGAAAAAAAAGUCGACACUGUGUUGCACUGUGUCGACGAUACAAUAGCAAAAACCUAAUGCCAACUAAAGCUUGGUAACUUCAAUACUUUUCAUUGGUAACACUGUUAUUCACUUACGUAACAAUGUUACCAAUGAAAAGUAUUGAAGUUACCAAGCUUUAGUUGGCAUUAGGUUUUUGCGAUAGUAUCGUCGACACAGUGCAACACAGUGUCGACUUUUUUUUAUAAAUGGAAAACGCUCAACGUGUAGUAAAACAGUUUAAUAAUAAUUUUAACAGUAUAGCUGGCAGCCCUAGAACCAAAGUCAGUGUGUGUGACGUCUUGUCUUGUAUUUCAAUUUACAGACAAAGAGCAGUUCUCUUUGACAGCAAAUUGUUUGUAUUUCUUCGUUAUUUGAAAUUAUAGGUACUAUGAUAACUUGCAAUUUUACCCAGUUUUACAAUUUCAAACUUGACUUUUAAAAAUGAACUUUUGGGUGAUGUGUUUUAUAAUUAAUUUUAUGGUAUUAAUUUUAGGUUAUUAAAAAUGGCAACUCAGCCUAGAAGUACCAACCAAACCAACUACCAAUAAGAGAAUAACAGAAGUCACAUAGCUUCUAAUUAAAGCAUUAAACAAUUUAAAAUAAAAUAAACAGGUUUAUAAAGUUUUCAUGAUAAAUAAUAAUAGUUUAACAAACAUUUGAUUUUAUUUAUUCAAGUAUUUUUGCGAUUAAUAGGACUUUAAUUAUGUAGGAAGUGAUGCACAAAUUGAAAGGUGGCCUUACUGCACGUCAGUGGCGCUUUAUUGUGUCUGAAAUUGGAACUAAUGUGAAUUGACUUCCUCUUCCGUCCCAAAGAACACUGGAAUCUUUCGCCGCAGUCGUCGUCCUUAAUCAAUAUUGCGUACUCGAUUUGUUACGUCUUAUCUUAUGCAGCAAUGCUAUGAAAGAUUCCAACUUUUACAUGGCGUUAUAGUAGUCGCACAUAGUGAAUCGUUCAUUAAUGUAAGAUUGGUAACACUUAAUAUUAUUUACUUAAUAGGCCAUUACAAAAUGCGUGUCCCCUUUUUAUAUAAAGUGCUUGAGCAGCUACGAGGAGAUUAUCACACACGUGCUAUAUUUUCGUUACACUUAAUAACCUAAUUGUUAUUUAUCGAUAUUACGUGCUGAGUUCAUAAAACGUAAUUUAAAAAUAUUUAGGUUUAUAUGGUAUGGUUGCUUUACGAAAGGUCAUUGCGAGGAAUACUCAAAAUGGCGGAUCAUUUUCUACUUGUUUGUAAUCUCUAAAUUAUACUACGCUAGGCUCUAUUUAUUUAUAUAAUUUAAGCUAAUUUUUAAACCAAAUUACAUAUUGAUGUGCAUGUUAAAUUCCUAUUUAGAUAGGUUUGAUAAAUUUUGUGUAGUCUCUUGAAUUUAAAAAGAUUUUGGUGUUGGUUAUGUAUUUAUAAUUUCUUUAUUCGGUAGCAGGUAGUCUUUCAUGAUAAGUAAUUUUUAAUAUUUAUAGUUUUCCCAAAAUAUGUAUAGGUAUAUUGUCGGUAUUGACUAGGUAGGUAUUGUCUUAAAUUUUGUUGGUAGAUUUGUACAUUCAGUUGACGUUAUAAUGCUACUAAAUAAAAUGGUCAAGGCCUCGUCAUUCGCUUACGUCAUUUUGUACUAUGCGCGGUGUAAUAGUGUGAGUGAGCGUAUUUAUACAUAGCGUGACCUCGAUGAGCUGUUGGAAAUCGUAUCUGUGAGGUUGAACACAUAGAUAUCGCCAUUCUAGAAGGCUGACGUCAUUUAAAUCGUGGCUGGUGGCUAGCUAGAGCGCAGCACACAGCAAGACAUUGUGUAAUGUGAACGUCCACCCACUGCUUGCCUUGCUUGGCUCUCUAAACCUAAUUCAUUUGAAAGUUGUGGCUAUGAACAGUUAUUCCACUGACUUCCGCCAUACAUGUCGAUUUUAUAACUACGCAAUAUUUAGUAAUUUUGUGAAAUACGGAGAUCUAUCUACUGAUUUUCAAUGAUUAUUGUUCCAUCGAUUAUUAGUGAUCCCUUCAUAAUGGCGAGUGCAACAGCUGACAUUGAAGAUUUAGAAGACGGAGAAAUUGAAAGCGAAGGAGAAGAUGCUAGUAAUCUUCAGAAUAUAGUUAAACGAGAAGAAAAUAUUCCACCCGAGGAAGAAAAACCUGAUGUAGAGAAAGAAGAACCACAAGAGAUUCACUACUCAAAGUCGGGUAAGAAAAAGAAAUCGAAAUCAAAAGGAGAUCAAAAGUCGAAAGACAAAAGCAAGAAAAGUCGUAAGUAUGCUAUUCCUACAGAGGAUGAUUUUGCAGGUAACAUCGAAAAAGCUAUUAGAAAAGCUAUGAAUAAGAGCGAUGAUGGGGAAACGUUUCCAGACGAUGAAGUUGAAGAACGUCGUAAACAUAAAAAACGGAAGAAAAAUGAAAGUAAAGAUGGUCCUCACAAAAAACGUAAAAAGCAACAUGAGUUCAAUGAAGAAAUGGACGAGAGUGAGAUGAUGUGCAUUAGAGGAGCAUCACCUAUCCAAAAACCCAUAGACACAUUUGAAGAAGAUGACAACGACUCUUUUGCAUCUGAUAGUAGUCAAGAAUCUCGAGGACCACAACAUCAUCGUCCUCAGAGACAUAGACAGCCACAGAGAGAACGAAAUAAAAAUAAAAAUGACCGGAGGAGAGGAGCACAUCCAAUGCAAGACCCUGAUGGGCUUUGUUUAUAUUAUAUGCAAGGUAAAUGCCAUAAAGGUGACGAUUGUAUUUAUUCUCACGAUGCACAACCCCCCCGUAAAAUGGAAUUAUGUAAAUUUUACCUUAUGGACUGUUGUGCAAAACGGGACAAAUGUCUUUAUAUGCAUGCUGAUUUUCCUUGUAAAUAUUAUCAUACCGGGCUUCCUUGUGUUUAUAAAGAUGAGUGUAAAUUUGCACAUGGAAAACCACUGACAGAAAAUUUAAAAAAUAUUCUCUUAAAACACAUUGAAUCGGCACCCAAGGAGAUAUUGGGUGAUUUUCCUAGAUUGCAUCGGGAAGGUGCUUUACAAAUGAUCCAAACAACGCAACUGAAAUUAAUGCAACAAUUUUCUGAUAGUCACGAGAGAGAAGAUAAAAAUAUACCUUCCCUUUUUGAUCUAAAUAUUCCUAAUCCUCAAAUGAUAAAUGAGUCGCCACCACAAAAUAAUUUUGAUAAAUCGAUGAAGGUAUCGCCAAAAGUACGGCAGUCAAGAUGGCAAAAUGAUAAUUUAAAUUCUAAUAGUAUUUCACAAUCACAAGGCAACACUAUGAAUACAGCCAAUGUUCUAAAUAUAAAAAAUUUAACUGGAGUUCUCACUCCUCGGCAGAUUUCAGAUCUUACUAAAAUGGGUAUUGAAAACUUGGAUCAGCUAGGCCAGCUCACAGUAUUGCAAUUAAACAGUAUUGGAAUAUCUAUAAAACAAAUUACCGAAAUACAGUUGAAUACAAUGAGUAUACAAAAGUUGGGUUUGAUUAAUAAUAAUCCUGAACAACCGCCACAAUCCUUUAUGGGGUCUACUACCAGUUCAACACAAGACUUAGAUUUGAGAGUUCCACCUGUCGUUCCUGUCAGUAAUAAUGUUGCAUUGGCUUCCGAUUUCCCUGGAAAAGAUGUUGAUAUGCGCUUUCAGCCAUCAGUGACUCUGCCAGCAGUAGAUGACGCAAUCACAAACAGCACGAGAAAAGAUAUACAAUCAAGAGAUAUGAUAGAUAUAGAUCAAUAUACGAAAGACGCUUUGAAAUUUGCAUCUAAAGAUAAAGAGAAUAUAGAUAUUUCGAAUGAAACGUUUGAUAAUGAAAAAACUAUUCUCACUAUCGAAACAAAAGAUGUAGAUCACCGAGUUAUACCAUUUUCAGAUGAUGCCCCUAGAAUAACUCAAUCUACGAUAGUAAAUGACACUAUUAAAAAAGAAUGUGACACUGAUAUUAGGUUUCUACAACCUGAACCUAUAUUUAAAAAUCCGGAAAAACGACAUCGACGUUCAACUACUGACGACGAAGACAACCUAUUAAUUGAUGAAAAAUGGUAUUCGAGUGACGAAGAGAAAGGAAUAAAAAAGAAGUCUCCUGUUGCGUCGCCUCGACCUGCUUCUUUGUCACCACAAACUCCUGCACCUCAUGUUAUAGAACCUUCAACUGUUUUAAGUAGACUCGGUGAUCUCUCUAAAAUAGAUAUAAGCGAAGAAGUAACUAAAUUACUAAACACCAUGAAGAAUAAUUUACAUGAAACUAAAACUGAAAUUAACAACGAAACAACAACUUCUCCAAAAUCAAGAGAUCCACGAUCAAGGAAGUCUCCAGAUAAGGUUAGUGAAUUAAAUAAGAAAACCAGUAAUAAGCCUGCUCGUAUAUCAAUUUACGAGUGUGUUGACGGUGAACCUACUGAUGGUCGUAGAAGAACUGAUGUAGAUUUACGACAAACAGAUUUUACAUUACCAUCCUUCGGUGAUACUGAUUUAAGGCAAGGGACUAGUGGAGACAUUGAUUUUCGAUUAAGCUUACCUUUUAAACCAAUACCGAAUUACACCCCUGCGUCGGAAAUAAAUGGAUCUAUAAAUAGUCAUCCUCCUAUUACAUAUAAACUGGUACCUAUAGAUAUACCGCGACCAGAUUAUACAGAUAUAAGGAAUAGUACAGCCAAGUCCCAAGCGUUAGUAGAUCCUAGACUAAGAAAAGUGUUUAGAUUGUCAUUAGAUGAAUCAAAUAGUGAUAGUGAGAAAUCAAACAAACCUGUCGUGCCAGCUGCGCCUCGGGUAGACCCUCGGCGAAAACCAACAAUUAAUCCUGGUGACAGUAUUAUGACACAAGAAACAAAACCUAAUGUCUUAGACUUGCAAAAUGUCUUACAAAAUUCUAAUUGGUAUAAAGAUCUUAGCUCCACACAAAAAAUAUAUGUAAAUCAGAAUUUAGCACCAGUUACACAAAUGAUUAAACAAUAUCAACAGGAAAAAUUACUUGGGAAAAAAAUCGAUUUAACAGGUAUACAGAAUAAUAAUGUUUUGUGUAAUAUAUUUUCGAAUUUAGGAGUGUCUUUAGACGAAAACGGUGAAUUCUCUUAUUUGCCGAAACCAAAGGAAGCAUUGUUAAAAACACCUGUUAAUUAUAAUCAAAAUACCAAUCCAUUUACUAUGAAUAGCAAUAUGCAGAUGAACACGGGUCCUAUGGAUGGAAACAAUAUUAAUUUAAUGAACAUGCCACCGAUGAACAUGGGUGGUAUGAAUAAUAUGAACGUCGGCCCGAUGGCUGGCUUCAAUCAAUCAAUACCGGAUCCUAGAGGAGGACCCACGCCGGGAUUGUUAGGUAUAGCACCAAAUAUACCGCAUAAUUUCAAUAACGGGAAAUUUGGUGGUCCUAAUAGUUUUGGUAACAUGCCAUUCAAUGGACCAGGUUCUAUGAGUGAUUUUAACUUCAUGGACGGAGAACAAAACUUCCCUAGGUUUCCCAACCGAGGAGGACAUCGAGGCCGCGGCAAUGAGAGGUGGAAUCGUGGUGGCGGUGGGAGAGGUCAAAGAGAUCGAAAAAAUUUUAACGAUCGGGGUGGUGGUAAUUGGAAAAACGAUAGGCAUUAACUUGUAGGUACAAUCUUAGUUUAUGAACAUAGGAAAGACCAUAAGGAGUAAAAUUAAAUUAUUUCAUAGAUUAAUUAGCGUAGUAAUAAUAUACUUCCACAUAAAUUACGAAAUGUGAUCAAUUUAAAAUAAGCUAUUGAAUCUUAGUUUCACAUUUUUCUAAAUAAUAAUUUAUAUUUUGAAAUAUCAGGUUAAGCGGUGUUCUGUACAAUCAUCUGAUGUGUAAAUAUUUUUUACAAAGUUCAAUGUCAGUUUAUUAAAUAAAAAUAAGAUUAUAAAUUAUGUUUAUUAAAAUUAUUGAUUAUGUUAUAAAGUACUCAUUAAGAGCCAAAUGUUUUAAGACUGAAGGCAGACUUACGUUGAUUUUAAGUUUUUCCGGGUUCGAAGUUGUACAUAAAAUCGUGAUCUUUAUCACAGUUUAUUUGCUACAUGUUUAUAGAAAAGUAUAAGUCUUAAUAUUUGAAAGGUAAGGAAACAGUCUAUACUCAGACUUUAUUAAUUUGUUUAGUAACAACGAUCUUGCCUAUGUCGGAUAACUUGUCGGCUAUUUUCAGAAAAGCAAUAACGUAACCUAUUUUGACUAGGUAUUAUACAUUGUCAUUAAACAAAGUUCAGCUUAUGGCUGAAAUGUAAUAACUAGUGGUAAUAAAAACCUACUCAUUUUAAAAUAAAUUUAUGUUUAUAUAUAAAAAAUAUGUCUUGAUUUUUAAACCUUUCUGUAUAUUUGUUUCAGUAAAUCACCA